AUUUUCACUUUUCCCUCUAACACUCCCAACUCACGCCAACUGACAACACGCAACUGCACGGCAAGACCAAAUAGACCUUCAAUGCCUUGUUUGCCCGCAACCUACCCAAAAACCCUUCAGCACUCACCUCUAUUGUCUAAACCCCUAUAUAAACCCCGAAAAUUAACUCAAUCAAACAGAACAGAACCCAGUAAUAAACCCAAAAGAACCUGGGCAGCGGCGGCAGAGCAGUAGCAGAAUCAGAAAUUUGAACCCCAAAGUAUGUAGGGAGUUUUAGACCCAUGAAGGGGAGGCAGUAGAAGUUCAGUAAUAAAAUGGACAAGCUUGAUACUGUCUUCAGUUGCCCCUUCUGCAAGCAGAUGCUGCACGCAGAUUGAACAAUCAACUUUGUGACAUUGCCAUAAAUUGGGCCGGUGGAUUACAUCAUGCCAAGAAGUGCGAGGCAUCUGGAUUUUGUUACAUCAAUGACUUGGUUUUGGGAAUCUUGGAGCUUCUCAAACAUCAAGCCCGUGUUUUGUAUAUAGAUAUAGACGUCCAUCAUGGGGAUGGUGUAGAAGAAGCCUUUUAUUUCACUGACAGAUCAGCUGCCUGUGGAGUCUUCCUCUUUCGUGACUGUUACUUGUAUCUGUAGAUCAGUUGAAUUUCCCACUGACCGGUUGUUUGAGGAAAUCUUAAGAGUAUUGAAGCCUGGUGGGACAAUCCUAGUUCAUAAGAAUCCUCAAUCUACUGUUGGAGAAACAGAUAAGAUAACCUCUGCUCUUGAGUGCAAGUUACUGUUGGCAGGUUUCUUAGAAGUGGGAGUUCUCAAAUCAACGGUUCCAUCAGAAGUUCAGUCUUUUGGGGCCUUGAUAUUGUUUGCAGAAGCUUUGCUGAAAAAGCAGUAAAGAGUGUGGUUUUUGUUCCAAUCCGAUAAAAUGACAGUCGAUAAAUCUUGGAUGCAUCUUUCUACUAGAUCGUGCACUGAGUAUAUUAAUGGAGUUGAAAACUUUCUUGAGUAUGCAUUUAAACAUUCAAUAGAUGGAGAUAUGAAAAUCAACUGUCCGUGUAUUGAUUGUAGCAACAGGUAUCGUAGGACUCGAGAUGAGGUCCAAUAUCAUCUUUUAUUUAGGGGUAUAAGGAGAGAUUAUACUACUUGGUACCUUCAUGGGGAAGGUGAUAGUGAAGAGGAAGGUGAUAGUGAAGUGGAAGGUGAUGAUGAUGAUGGUAUGCUAUAUGCUGAUAUGUUUGAUAUGAUCAAGGGUGCUUAUCCACAAGUGGUGCGUGGCAGGGAAUCAAGUGGAAAUGAACCACAAGAGCCCACAUUCCGGUUCCAAGAUUGGGAAAAAAUGGAUGCCAUAAAGGCCAACGCUGUUUCUGAAGGUACUAAGACAAAUGAUUAUCAGAACUUUUGUGAAGUGGUUGGUGAACCAAGUCAUGGUCGUAUUCUUGGCAUGGGAAUAGGUAUUAAGGCUAAGGAUGUGUACAGCUUAACUUCAUCUAGUAAAGGUUGUAGCAAAUGCUGCAGAGAAAAUUUUACAAAAGAAAAAGAAGAUUUGGAGGCACGUCUUAGAGAAGAAAUGGAUUCCAAACUUGCAAAACUUGUGGAGAACCUUGAGGAGAAGUUUGCACAAAAGUUGCAAUCUAUGGGCAUACCACAACAAUCUAACAUAGAUCCAACUACCAUGGAUGGUACUAGCAGAGAUGAAGAGGACAACUCAAACAAUGACAAGGAGGUCAAAAAUAGCUUGGAGGGUGACUCAAAGGAAGACUAAUAUAGAUCUUGUCAUAAUUCUAGUUGUUUAAGUUUAAAACAAGGUUUAAUUUCAGGAUUUCUUUGUAUAUUCUAUAUUUUAAAGUUUGAACUUAUAUGAAUUUUUAUCUUUUGAUGGAUGAA